AUGUCUACACUUAUAUUUGGUGUUGGUCCUGGUGUUAUUGUUAUGAUGCUUAUAUGGAUUUUCAGUAUUAUUUUAUAUAUUAUUUGUAUGCGAAUACGAAGAACUUUCGUAGCGAUCGCUGCGUUAGUUAUAGAAAUUAUCAUCACAUUAAUUAUCAUAUCCUGGCCUUUGGGUGGGUCAACAACAAUUUCUGAAAAAGUUGAAGUUUCCAUAGAUUACGUUGGCAUUCCACGGUGCAUUUUAGUCAUUACAGAAGCUGUGAUUCUAUUAAUAUUCUGUAUUGAAUAUGUAAAAUAUGAUCUGACUAUUUCUGCCUCAGCUAUUAUUUUAAAUUAA